AUGACUCACCUCAUCAUAAGCAAACAACGACUUCUCGGGGCUUGCGAACUAAAACUCGAAGUAUACCAAGAACUCGGCGGUGGCAAGGAAACGACGUCCAUCGGGAACCUCACCGUGAAUUUAUCCGCCUACGCUGAGAAAGGAGUCACUUCAGAUCGUUAUUUGCUUCAUGAUUCCAAAUUCAACUCUACCAUCAAGUUGACCAUUCGGAUGAAUCAAAAGUCCGAUGUCGGCAUCCAGUUCCAGGUGUAA